AUGUCCGUACCACAGCCUCCGUUCAAAGUCAAAACCAAGGUGUCUUGGGCUGGAGAAGAGGAUGGUGACUUGGGGUUUCUUGAAAACGAGAUUAUUGAAGUGUACUCCAUCGUCGAUGAAUCAUGGUGGUCGGGAAAGCUCAGACGAAACAGAGCUGAAGGUAUCUUCCCCAAGGACUACGUUGAGGUGAUUCCAGAGUUGAAUAAAUCAGUAUCCAGUCACUCCAUUGGUACCCCCAAAGCACAGACUCCCGUCCAGACUCCCAUCCAGACUCCCGUCAAAGAAGCUGACUAUGGUAAGUUCAAACAUAGCAGAGCCAGCGGAACUCCUACGGGAAUGUAUAACUCUUACAACGGUUCCAAGUCAGUAUCUCCCAAGAGAUACCACCAUGUCAAUGUUGAUGCUGACGGCUCAUUUGAAGUCGAAGAUGCUGUCAAUUGCACCUAUGAUGGCAUCUACGAUUCUUCUAAUGGCAUGUCGCUGUCAAACCGAAGCUCACCCAAGAAAAUCAGAUCUGCCAACAAGCUCGUUUCAUCUACCCAACAUCCUCGGUACCGAAACAGCCAUAAUGGGUACCAGCAGCAGCAACACGAGGAUUUUGACAGAGAACGCGAAAUGGAAAACUUUCGUACCCUCCAACAGCAACAGAACUACCACAUCAAGAAACUGCCUCUGCACAAUAUGAAAUCGCUGGUUCAAACCCAACAGCAAGAAUUCAGACAAUCCUCAUAUUCACCGGAAAAUAGUAACUCCAUCUAUGGAAAACAUCAAGGAAAGUCCAAUUCAAGAUCAGGCUCGCAACAGAACUUGUCUCAAUCUGCUGUCCAGGGACAUCCUCCGCAAGUAAAGUCGCAAUCGUAUGUUGAUAUACCCUACAGAAAUCAACAGAAUAACACCGUAGAAAGUUUUGUUUCCGAGGGAUCUCCCUCACGUCAAGCUAGGAGGGCCAGAUACGACGCUGAUGCCGUGAAUGAAUACGAGAUCAUCUCCCAGAAAAGGGCCCAAUUGGAGUUGGAGUUACUGCAGUUGAAGCAGUUGGAAAGGUCUACCCAGAAGAAAAGAGUCCACAACCCCCAUCUUCAACACAAGCUGGGCCAAGUCAGUCGUGGCAGCAAUGAUGAUUCCUUAGUGAACUCAUUAGAAUCUAGCUAUAUUAGCGAAGACCUCUUAUCUUCCAAGAAGAACUACUCUUCCAGAGAGGAUCUUGGAAAGAAGCUUGCUAAGUUCGAAAGUGUUGACGACGAAGAUGAUGACUAUUUCAACGAUAACGAGUCGUCUCCACCACCUCCUCCACCAAAACAUACUACACCUAUCAAGGCUAUUGAAGCUAUCAGAGACAACGAUAGUCCACUUAGAAAAAGUGGAAACAAAGUUCCUUUUGAUGCUGAUGACUUCAGGUUUUCUGGUUCAAAUCGCCUCCAUCAGGGUCAAGUAUCCGAAGAAGAUGUCUACAGAGUGUCCCAGCUUCAGCAGGAUGACUUGAAGAACUCGAUCAAGUCGUUGCAAAGUGAUGUCUUAAAUUUAUCUGAACUCAGUGCCACAAGUGCUGGUUCUUUUAUGAGACACAAGUACGAGAGAGACAUCCAACAACAAGAAAUGAAGUUACACAGCUUAUCCAUCAAUGAAGAAGAGGAAAAAAGAUCACCUAAGCAAAACGGGAAAGAUGUUAUGGACUCCGUUUUCCAGGAAAAGAAAUCGAGGCAUCCUAAUAUUUUCAAGAUGUUGUUGCUGAAGAAGAGCGACAACGAGAUCAAUGUUAUUGAAAGAAAGCUCCAAAAGGACGAAGAAAUUGACUGGACCACUUUCAAAAUGGAUCUUAAUCAACCAGAAGAGUGGUCAGAGAAGAGGGCUCGUUGA